UAUAAUAAAUUAUCUGUGGGGUAUUUUGAGCUGAAACUUCACAGACACAUUCUGGAGACACCAGAGACUUAUAUUACAUCUUGUGAAAGGGGCAUUAUAGGUCCCCUUUAAUCAUCUUUAGGUGGUGUAUUAAGUCAGGUGACCUAUGUUCCACUAAUGUUUCAUAAACACAAAGUUGGUUUCGUCUUUAUGCUAUCUUUCUUUCAAAUACAGUGUACUUGCAUCUUAAUUUUGUACAUUUUCUCAGCUGCAGCUCUUCUGUCCGGUAGGCGGCGCGCGUUCUCUCGCUCUCCGGGCUGUCGCGUUCGCUCUGUCCGUGUGGCGGCGCUGUGCGGCCGGUCCCGCUGGAACACGUCUCUGUGAGUGUGAGUCCCGGGGGCUGAAGCGCAGGAUGGCGGCGGUCGGUGCUGCUGCUGCGGCUGAGGCCGAGUCGUCGGACAGCGAGCCGGAGCAGGAGCACGGGUCCCCGCAGAAACUCAUUCGGAAGGUCUCCACGUCCGGUCAGAUCCGGAGUAAGACGAUUUUAAAAGAGGGAAAGUUAAUGAAACAGACAAAUUUCCAGCGCUGGAAGAGACGUUAUUUUAAACUGCGGGGAAGAACACUGUACUACGCUCAGACGGCCAAGUCAAUUAUUUUUGAUGAAGUGGAUCUGACAGACGCCAGCGUAGCGGAAUCCAGCACAAAGAAUGUUAACAACAGCUUCACUGUAAUCACUCCGUGUCGUCGACUGGUUCUGUGUGCGGAAAACAGGAAAGAAAUGGAGGAAUGGAUUGCAGCGCUGAAGAGUGUUCAGAACAGAGAACACUUUGAGUCCACUCAGUUCAGUAUGGAUCAUUUCUCGGGGAUGCAUAACUGGUACGCCUGUUCACACGCUCGCCCCACGUACUGUAACGUCUGCCGGGAGGCGCUGUCUGGAGUCACCUCUCACGGACUGUCCUGCGAAGUGUGCAAGUUCAAGGCUCACAAGCGUUGUGCGGUCAGAGCCACUAAUAACUGCAAAUGGACGACACUGGCCUCCAUCGGCAAAGACAUACUGGAGGAUGAGGAUGGGAUCUCAAUGCCUCAUCAGUGGCUGGAGGGGAAUCUGCCUGUCAGUGCCAAAUGCACCGUGUGUGAUAAAACCUGCGGCAGCGUUCUGAGACUUCAGGACUGGCGCUGUUUGUGGUGUAAAGCCAUGGUGCAUGCUGGGUGCAAAGACCAGCUCUCUUCUAAGUGCCCGUUGGGUCAGUGUAAAGUCUCCGUGAUUCCACCCACCGCCCUCAACAGCAUCGACUCGGACGGGUUCUGGAAGGCGACGUGUCCUCCGACCUGCACCAGCCCGUUGUUGGUGUUCGUGAACAGUAAAAGUGGAGAUAAUCAGGGCGUGAAGUUUCUACGGCGGUUUAAACAGCUGUUGAAUCCUGCACAAGUGUUUGAUCUGAUGAAUGGAGGGCCACAUCUGGGCUUGCGUCUGUUUCAGAAGUUCGACACGUUUCGUAUUCUGGUGUGUGGAGGUGACGGCAGUGUCGGAUGGGUUUUAUCAGAGAUAGACGCUCUGACAUUACACAAACAGUGUCAGCUGGGCGUGCUUCCGCUGGGAACAGGAAAUGACCUGGCCAGAGUUUUGGGGUGGGGCUCGGCAUGUGAUGACGACACACAGUUACCACAGAUCCUGGAGAAACUGGAGAGAGCCAGUACCAAGAUGCUGGACAGAUGGAGUAUUAUGGUAUAUGAGACCAAGUUACCACGGCAACACUCCAGCUCCACGGUAACAGAGGACUGCAGUGAGGACUCAGAGGUGCAGCACAUUCUAACCUAUGAAGACUCCGUUGCUGCUCAUCUCUCCAAAAUCUUGACGUCCGAUCAGCACUCUGUGGUCAUUUCCUCCGCCAAAGUUUUGUGUGAGACGGUAAAGGACUUUGUUGCGAAAGUGGGACGUGCAUACGAGAAGAACACGGAAAAUUCAGAAGAAUCAGAGGCCAUGGCUAAAAAGUGUUGCGUGCUUAAAGAAAAGUUGGACUCGUUACUGAAAACGCUUAACGAGGAAGCCCAGGCCACCAGUGUGAUGACUGCACCUCCGCCCACCAUCGCUGAGGAGCAGGUUGACGGGGAGGGUGUGGUGCUGGCUCCGCCCACCGCCCCGCCCACAGUCACGGCUCCUUGUUCUCCUCGACCGCCUGCCGCCAUCUUCAAACCUCGUGAGCAGCUGAUGUUACGCGCCAACAGCCUGAAGAAAGCCAUCAGACAAAUCAUAGAGCACACAGAGAAAGCGGUGGAUGAACAGAACGCUCAAACGGAGGAAGGUUUGCCCUCACUGCCUGCGGAGGAUGAAGAUGAGGAUGAUGAUGCUGAGCGAUCAUCUCUGCUGUCAUACAGCAACAGAACGCGAGUCAGCAGAAGAGUGUCUAAGACUCCAUGUGAGAAGCUCAUCAGUAAAGAACGCCUAUCCAUAGGCAGCUCCGCCUCACUUCCUGCUCAGACAGGAAGUAGGGAGAACAUGCCCAUGCUGAACACCAAGAUCCUCUACCCAAGUCUCAGGGCAGGUGUGUCGGGCUCUUUCAGCGGGUCAGUGAUCAGCAGGCUGUUGGUCAACGCCGACCCGUUCAGCUGUGAUCCAGAGAACCUGGAUCUGUACACAGAGAAAUGUGUGAUGAAUAAUUAUUUUGGAAUCGGUCUGGAUGCCAAAAUCUCUUUGGACUUCAACAACAAACGUGACGAGCAUCCAGAGAAAUGCAGGAGUCGCACUAAAAACAUGAUGUGGUAUGGAGUCCUGGGCACCAGAGAACUUCUGCACAGAACAUACAAGAACCUGGAACAGAGAGUUCUGCUGGAGUGUGACGGGAGGCCGAUCCCUCUUCCCAGUCUCCAAGGAAUCGCCGUGUUGAACAUUCCCAGUUAUGCAGGAGGAACAAACUUCUGGGGCGGAACUAAAGAGGACGACACGUUCACGGCGCCGUCGUUUGACGAUAAGAUCCUGGAGGUGGUGGCUGUGUUCGGCAGCAUGCAGAUGGCUGUUUCUAGAGUUAUUAAUCUACAGCACCACCGUAUCGCACAGUGUCGAACAGUGAAGAUCACGAUUCUGGGAGAUGAAGGUGUACCUGUGCAGGUGGACGGAGAGGCCUGGAUCCAACCGCCCGGAUACAUUCGGAUCCACCACAAGAACCGCACACAAACCCUCACCAGAGACCGGGCGUUCGAAAACACUCUGAAGUCAUGGGAGGAUAAACAGAGAGGAGAGAUUCCUCGGCUGGUUUCCCAGCAUGCAUCACAGCCGGAGAUCGUUUCUGAAGAGGAAACCACUCAGAUCAGCCUGUUCGGACAGGCGGCCGGGGCGCUGAUACACAGUAUCAGGGAAGUGGCAGAGUCUCAUCACACUAUCGAGCAGGAAUUGGCUCACGCGGUCAACGCCAGCUCUAAAGCCAUGGACCUGGUGUACGCCAACUCCAAAAGCAGCGGGGGUUUGACCUGUAACGUUGUGAUGGAGAUGGUCAGCAACGUCAAAGCUCUUCACAGCGAGACCGAACUGCUGCUCGCGGGAAAGAUGUGCCUGCAGUUGGAUCCUCCUCAGAGAGAUCAGCUCAGUGGCGCUCUGGCUUCUGUCACUCAAGAGUUACGCAGACUGACGGACAUCAGCUGGCUCGGUCAGCUCAUCGACCCGGCCGACGACGAGGGUCAGCUGUCUGAUUUCUCCAAGCGGAGUCGUAGUGCAAAAUUUCGCCUUGUGCCCAAAUUCAAGAAAGACAAAAACAACAAAAAUAAAGAGACGUGCGCCGCCCUCAACAUGCCAGUGAACACGUGGGGUGUGGAUGAGGUGGCCGUCUGGUUGGAGAUGCUCUGUCUGUCAGAGUAUAAGGAGAUCUUCAUCAGACAUGACAUCAGAGGACCAGAGCUGCUUCAGCUGGAGAGGAGAGACCUGAAGGACCUGGGCGUGGCUAAAGUCGGCCAUAUGAAGCGGAUCCUGCAGGGAAUCAGGGAUUUGAGUCGAAACAGCACAGUCAGCGAAGCCUAGACUCUCCUCAGCCAAUCAGAUGCCUCAUUCGGACGUGACGUAGCUUCACCCGGCCAAUCAAAUGCUCAGUCACGCCUGGAACCAGCCAUACUCCGCCUACCACCUCAUGGGGACCAACAGCGACUCGACUCGAACCAAUCACAGUGUGCCUUCUGUUCUCCACCUUUGUGACAUCAUUGCUUUGGGGAACACUAUUUUACUACCUACGAGGGGGAGAUUUAUCAAGAGCCAUCAGAGUGUCGUACCAAUUUCACAGAAGGGGUGGAUGGAGACUGUCCAAAUGACCAUUCGACCAAAUGAAAAUUCAACUUUUGAAGACAACAUGGAAUCAAACUUUCACUUCCUUAAAGAAAGAAAUGUUUGUCCUCUUAAUCUAUCAAUGUUGACUAACUUUCUCCACCUCUGAAACAACUUCUCAUUUCUGCUGAUGUCAUCAAGGCCCCGUGGGCAGGGAAAACCUCAAAAUCUCAUAGCCCACGUUUCACAAUCCAAUCAGAUCCCAAAUAGAUAACAUUAAGUCCCACCCUACAUUAUUUUCAGUUUUAUUUUGAAGUGUCACUUUUAAGAAUGCGGUCUUAAAGCUUUUUGGCUCUGUUCAAAACCUAGUGAGCUGCCUUGCCGCCUACAACAUAGACAGCUGCCUUCUUAGGGCACGAGAGACUCUAAAAUGAUUUCCAGUGAGUUUGAUCCUCCGAUAAGCAUAAAAUACACAACAUAUGUAAAAUACAGUAUAAUAUUAGGUAAAAAAAACUUUUACAUUUAUGCAUCUGAAAGAUGCUUUCAUCAUAAGCGACUUACAUUGCAUUCAAGGUAUACCUUAAGUUAAUAUUUUUGAUGAUCAGCAUUGUUCGCUAAUGCUAUUCCCUACAGGAAAACAAAACAAUUUUAUCUUGCUGGAAUGAGAGGUAGAGUUGUGUCUCAUCAGCAUAGCAGUGAUAGAAAAAAAAACAUGUUUCUGAAUGACCUAGUGAUGUUAUGUAGAAGUGGUCCAAGCACCGAGCCCUGAGGCACCCCAGUAGCUAGAUGUUGCGACUUAGACACCUCACACCUCCACGAUACUUCCAGUGGAAGUCAGAAUACUGUUCUGGACUGCUGAUUUUUUUAUUUUGAUGCUGUUGACAGACAUCAACUUGUAUUUAAAAUGGAAUAUUCCUUUAAAACAGCUAUUUUACAGAUCUAUCUUAUAUGUAGGCUUUAAAAGAGCAUCAACGACAGAGUAUUUCACAGAUUCCCUGGACUUAAGCAGGCGUGCCGUGAUGAAAGUCCUCUCUUCCAUGUAUAGGUGCAUUCACGGCAUGUGGUAAUAACUGUAAUUACGAGAACCAUUCAUGUCCUCGUAGAGCUCAUAAUUACAUCUUGUAAGCUGGGACUUUUCUGAGAGCUCCUACUUGCACCAUGUACCACCUGAACUCUGCAGAUUCAUUUAGCCAUUGUUAGUGUUGCCGUAGAAUGUCACAUGUUGUCAUCUCAAAAUUACGGUAAUUACAACAUGGGAGAGGUAGAGUUGUGUGUCAUCAGCAUAGCAGUGAUAGGAAAAAAACACGUUUCUGGAUGACCAAGUGAUGACAUGUAAAUGAAGAAGAGAAUUGGUCCAAGCACCGAGCCCUGAGGCACCCCAGUAGCUAGAAGUUGCAACUUAGACGCCUCACCCCUCCAUGAUACCCUGAAGGGUAUUUUUGAUUGAACUAUUUUCAUUGAUUAAUUCCUGUAUUGAAUGAAUCAACAUUUCUCUGUCUUUUUCCACUUCAUCAUACAUGUGAUGCUACCUAUGGAUUUGGCUUAAAGAAGGCAGUUCAAAACAGUCAGGAGUGCCUUAAAAUGCUGUCUAUACAGGCAGCUCACUAUGUUUGAGCUUUUGAGAAUGGAAAUGCACCAACACACAGGCAAAAAAGCAUCAUAAGAACUUUAACAUGUUGUCGUGACAAUCAACAGACUUGACCAAUCAGACUCUCUGCUUUGCCCCGCCCCUCCUCAUCCUCUUCCUGGAUGCCUUAACGUUCACAUAUCAGCCUGAAAUCUCUAUCUGCUCUGUCUGAAUCUACAAACCAUCUGAUCCUGGAAUGAUCCGGACAUGCCAACCAGAAACUAAUGAGCGGUUUCAGACCAAAUGUUUGGUUUGAAAAAGCUGCUGUUGAUGGAAACAUUUAAUAGACUACAAAGUUAAGUUAAGCUCUAUCUACAGAAUCUGUAGAUACUUACCCAGUGGAUGUUUAAAUACUGUGUUUGACUGUAGAUUUCCAUUGUGAUGCUGUUGACAGACAUCAAGUUGUAUUUAACAUGGAACAUUCCUUUAAAACAGGUUUAUUACACAUCUAUCUAUAUGUUGGCUUUAAAAGAACAUCAACGGCGAGUAUUUCCGAUUCCCGAGUCUUAAGACGUGAUAAAAGUCCUCUCUUCCAUUUAGUAUCACGGCAUGUCGUAAUAACCGUAAUUACGAGAAUUGUUCAUGUCCUCGUAGCUGGGAAUUUUCUGAGAGCUCCUACUAAUUCCCAGUCCAAGGACGUGAACAGCUCCAAGAACAUCAUGUGUUGUCAUCUCGAAAUUACGGUAAUUACGACAUGGCGUGAGCGCAGCAUAAAUCUGAGGUUUUGUCCUAACUAGCCCUGCCCACAGUGAAAUCUCAUUGGUCAAAAAUCCCACACCAUAUGACUAUCAGUGGUUCUUAAAGGGGGAACAAGCAAAAACAAGCAUUAAAGUAAGCCAAAACAACUUAAAAUUAAGAUAUUUCAUAUAUUAUUAUUUCAUAUAUUAUAUAGUCUAAUAUAAAACAGUGAUUUCUAGACCUAGAAAAGUCAUGGAAGUGAAUAAAAAUGGUAUAAAUAUGGGCAUGUAUGCAUUUUUUUAGUUGUACCGGAAGUGAGUAAAUCAGUAAAAACUGAAAAGGUUGAGAAGCACUGCUGUAUAUUCACAUCAUGUUGGAAUAAUUAUUUAGACAUUCAAACUUGUUUUGUUGAACACAUAAAUUCAAGUUCAAGGCAUUGCAAGUUAAGUAAACUGAACUUUAGAAAAGCUCCAGCUUGUCCCAGUUCACGUCAUCAAAAUGAUACUAAGUUUAACAUGUUUGUGUGUUUAUCCUGGUGCUCCUUUCUUUUUUUUUUUCAAGGUGUCAAUUAGUCAUGAAGGAUUUUGCUGUACUGAAAACUCUUUGUGUCAUGCCUGGUUAGGACCCGAUAUAAAGUACUAUUUCAAAUGCCAUACAAACCCUCCAAUGUCACAGUCGCCUUGACAAGAGAUGAAAUGUUUUCUAUAUUGUUUCUAAAUGCUUUUUUACAAACUCUUCUGGGAUAAAACAUUUACUGUGUCAAAGACUAACACGGUCUUUACCCUUUAAUGGUUUUGCACACUUCAUGUGUGUAUGUGAGAAAGUGAGAGUCUACAUAUUGUCUUGUUAGAUACAGACAGGAAGUGUGUGUGUGUGUGUGUGUGUGUGUGUGUGUGUGUGUGUGUGUGUGUGUUUUCUCUCUCCUCCAGAUACAGUCUUAAAGUCAGACUCAUAUCAUGUCAUUUUGGACCCCAGGGGCGUCCAGUCACUCUGACUGUUAAAUAUUUAUUUUAUUGUUAAGUUAUAACUUACAUCCAUGUGACGCUGUCCAUCUUUGAUUUUCUUGUUUUUAUUUUUUUAAUGUUUUGUUUUUUGUAUAUAGGCCAUUGCUAAGAAUGUAAAAAACUUAUUACUGUACAGUAAAAACUGUCUGUGUUAAAACAAGGUCUGUGUAACGCUAAACCAGUGUCUUUUGUGUCAUCUGUCACAGUUUUUUACUAAACAUGCAGAAUAAUAAAUUACAUUUAAUAGUA